AUGGAGAGAAACACAUCUUCCCCCCUCUUCCCCGGCAACCACAGCCUGAGCAACAGCUCGUGUUCCCGGGACAACGUCCUGAAGACGGUGGUGUUCCCCGUCCUCUACUCCUUCCUCUUCCUGCUGGGCCUUCUGCUCAACAGCGUGGCUGUCUGGGUGUUUUUUCGCAUCCCAUCAAAGUCUCACUUCAUUAUUUACCUGAAGAACAUCGUGGUUGCAGAUGUAGUGAUGACCUUCACUUUCCCUUUCAAGGUGCUAUCAGACUCCAACAUGGCGUCGGCGGGGCUGCGUGUGUUCGUGUGCCGGGUCUCCUCGGUGCUCUUCUACCUCUCCAUGUACAUCAGCAUCCUGUUCUUCGGCCUGAUCAGCAUCGACCGCUGCAGGAAGACCCUGAAGCCCUUCAGGGGGACCAACGCAGCGCGCCUCGCCCGCCGUAAACUGCUCUCAGGAGCCGUGUGGACCUUCCUGCUGGCGCUCAGCCUGCCCAACGCCAUCCUGAGCCGCCGAGCCCCGCCCUCGCCGUACUUCAAGUGCAGCGAGCUGAAGACGGAGGCGGGGCUCUACUGGCACGAGGUGGUCAACCACGUCUGCCAGGUGAUCUUCUGGAGCAACCUGGUGACGGUGGUGGUCUGCUACAGUCUGAUCAGCAGAGAGCUGUACCGGUCCUACUCCCGCACCAAGGCCAGCGCUACGGGGACCGAGGGCCAGUCCACCAGGAAACACCCGGCCAAGAGGAAGAUGAACGCCAACGUGUUCCUGGUGCUGGCCGUCUUCUUCGUCUGCUUCGUGCCGUUCCACUUCGCCCGCGUGCCGUACACCAUGAGCCAGACCAGAGGCCUGCUCUUUGACUGCCAGCUCAAACUCUUCUUCUUCCAGCUGAAGGAGAGCACGCUCUUCCUCUCCUCCCUCAACGCUCUGCUGGACCCUCUCAUCUACUUCUUCCUGUGCCGGUCCUUCAGGACCACCCUGUUCAAGACCCUGAAGCUGCCUGAUGGGACCUGCAGCAGGCUGACAGGCAGAGGGACGGACACGGAGACAGGCAGCACGGCCCUGACAGGACCCUCAUGACAUGAUAAAGACUUUUAUAA